AUGGAAGAGAUGCAGAAUUCAAAAGGCGUUUCUUUGGUUUUCAACCCUAAUCCUUGUCUGGUUAAGUCGAUUUCCGCUGAAGAAUUUCCAUCCCAAAUAGGGUUUAGUGGAAAAGAUGAUCUCCAAGAAAAGAAAGAAUCAAUUGAAACAGAAGUUAAUUUGAAGUUGCCUAAUGAAUUUGAUUUGGAUUUUCCUCCUGGAUUUGAUGGACUUCAUUCUACAGUCUUGUUAAAUAGAAAACACUCCCAAAUUCCUCUUACCAAAUGGAGGUCUCCCCCUAAGUUGAUGUUGGACCCGAGAUGGUUAAUAGGCUCCGGAGAAGAAAGUGAACAAGUUGAAGCACAAAAUCAACGUGAAAGGAGGGUUCUCGAAGCAAUGUAUCCUCGAUCAUCCGACAUUCCUCCUGAUCCUUUUAUGUUAAUGGACAUAGACAACUUUUCUAUCAAUAACAACGAGAACACACCUAUCAUCCCCAUGACUCCCAUAGAAGAUGGAGACCCAACAAUGGAAAACAAUGCAAUAUAUUCAACAAAGCUCAUUGACUUUGCCACAGCUGCAUGUAAAGUCCUGACUUCCUCAAUGGCAAGUGGCGAAGCUGUCUAUAUGGACCCUGAUUUGCUUUUUCACACCCUAACUAACCCCAAAAUCGUGGAAAACUUGAUUAGAAUAAAUGAAACUGCAAAACCCAAUUCGGCUGUUCCCUCUCACCAUGUUUCUCCUCAAAAGAUAUUGAAGGAAGCUCUUCCUAUUGUGAGGCCUCCAUCUAUAAAGAAUGAUGAUAUUGGUGUUCGACAAUAUGGUUGUAGUAGUAGAGAAUCAUCAUCUUCAAACAACAACAACUACCUUGAAAGGAUCAUAAAACCUUGCAUGUAUUUCAAGUCUCGCAGAGGAUGUCGCAAUGGAGCUAAUUGUUCUUAUAAGCACAACCUGUAA